UUGGCCGCGGCCGGCGGCGCCAUGAGCCAGCAGCAGCAGCAGCAGCAGCGGGCGCCGCGGCCCCUGUACUUCCCGUCCCUCUACGACCGCGCCGCGCCCAGCGCCGCCCCGCUGGCGGACUGCGGCCUCUGGCGGAAGCUCUUCGUGCCCCUGCGGGGGGGCGCGGCCGGGCCCCAGCGGCCCCCUCCCGGCCUGGGCCCCGCUCCUGCCGCCGCCGCCGCCCGCAGCUGCCCGCGCCCCUGGCCGGCCGGGCUGGCGCCCAUCCCCUACGAGCCGCUGCGCUUCUUCUGCCCCGCGGCCGCCAGCGGCGCCGCCCCGCGGGGCCCCGGGCAGCAGCCGGAGGGGGAGAUCUGCGAGCUGGGCAUCCGCCUCAAGGAGCUGGAGCUGCUGGCGCUGACCGGGGACGGCUCCGACCCGCAGCAGUAUAAGCUUUUGAAGGCACUAAAAGAUGAAAAAGUUCAAGGCAUAAAGACAAGACAGAAUCUGAAAAAACAGACACCUACAUCAUUAUAAGGAUUAUUUCAGUUAGCUGUUCUAUCAUUAUGUUACCGUACAGCAUUGAUGAGAGCUGAUGUUGAUCACCUGGUUACAGCUUUACAAAAUUGACGAGGUAUAUUACUGAAGACAAAGGGCAUGGAUAUUGCCUUCCUCAGAAAUAUCAGGAAUUUAACACUGCUAGAGGCAGGAUACUAGUUCAGUGACUAAAAUCCUAUGUUCUUGUGACAGAGAAAGCACAAUAAUUCUAAGAUACCAUGCAGUUCCCCAAAAUACACUAAAAUACAUACUAAGAACAAGAA